AUGACCCAGCUUUGCAUAAGUGAAAAGCAUCUAGAAGAAGAAGAAGAUGCUCAGCCGGAAGAUGGAGCGUUUGGAGGAACCUCUGCAGACCUUGCAAUGAUGAGCUCUGAUGAGGAUGCAGAAAAGUGUCCCAUCUGCCUUAACUCUCUCAACAGCCAGCCUGUGGCAACACCAGAGAACUGUGAGCACUACUUUUGUUUCGACUGCAUCCUGGAAUGGGCCAAGAAUGCAAACUCGUGUCCUGUCGACCGUAUGGCCUUUAACAGUAUAUACCUCAGGAAAUGUUAUGGCGGCAAAGUGAAAAAAAUGAUAACUGUGCAAAAGCCUGUGAAGGAAGGGCAAGAGGAAACCGUUAAUUUGGACUUGGAGCAGACCAACUGUGAAGUUUGUGGGGGCAGUGACCGAGAGGACCGCCUGCUGCUAUGUGACGGCUGUGAUGCGGGAUAUCACAUGGAGUGCCUCACGCCGCCCCUUGACUCUGUUCCUGUAGAGGAAUGGUUCUGUCCUGAGUGUGAAGCCAACAACCGUAACUCAAGAGGUUCAGCUGAGGAACUCAGUGAUGCUGACAGCCUGCCUUCUACUGCACGUCCUGCCACCAGUCGAUCACAAGCCCGUGCUUCAGGCCCCACCAGAGCCAUUGCCCGUACCCAGCAGAGUGAGAGGGUCCGAGCCAAUGUCAACCGACAUCGCAUCACACAGGCACGCACGUCGCAGACCUACGGUGCCCAUUUGACCAGUGAGGAGGAUGAACAGCAGGCUCAUGUUUCAUCGCUACUGGAGGCCAAGAGACGAGGGAUCUCCUGCUCAGCACUUCGCUCUCAUCAGCCCGUGGCUCGACCAAUCACUGCAAGUCUUUCCAGGAGGGGUAUGGAUGUCCACCCAUCAGGAGGUGUUGUGGAGGCAGCUCCUGUGCCUGAUCUGCUGGGCAGCAUCCUAUCAGGACAGAGCAUGCUCUUGAUGGACAGUUCUGAUGUCGUCAUUAAUCGAGAUGGUUCGCUUAAAGCUACCAAACCAACAUCAUCAUCAGUGAGCUUCCGCAUCAACUCUAGUGGGAACCCAUGGCAAUCAAGGCGGCUAGGCAUUGCAUCAUCCUCUUCUAGUGUAGGCACCUUCCAGGAACACUGGAGGAAAAAGGAUGAUGAAGCUAAAAAAAGACAAUUGGACAGGGAUAAACAAAUGCUUUUGGCAUCACGUAGUCUGGGUAGUAAGGAGCAAGAUAAUAUAUAUGAUCCCUUUAAUCCUACUCUGUCAGAUUCAAGCAGCUCAGGUGACGAAACGGAGGGCACAAGCCCAGAUGGCACUUCUCAGUAUGUAACAUUUGACAGGAAGCCUCCUAGUCUAAGUAACAAUGAGACUAUAAUGCAAAACGAGCAGGACCUGGUACAGGUGAAGACUGAAACAUCAGAGAUUGAGGUCACACAGGAAGGACCAGGGAUAGCUCAGGAAACCACAUCUGGGGCCAGACUCUUGGAGGACAUUGUAAAGGUUGAAAAUGAAUCAAGACUAUCAGGCAUAAAGACUGAAGAACAAACUGUAUCACUUGACAAAGUCAAGAAAGAACCUUGUGAAAAUGCAGGUGAAUCUGAAAUCCGUGGUGACAGAUUUUUUAAUUCAGAGACCACAGACACCACACCGCCUGCUGAUCAAACUCUGGAUCUUGUAAAGACUGAGAGAAAGACUCAAGAGGCAAAGCGUGGACAGCGUGCUGGAACUCCCAGUAGAUCUCUCUCAAAGGAUAAGGAAGAUUCAUCAGUGGAUAACUCUACAACUGUCAAGAGGAAACAAAAGGAACAAACUAAAUCCCAUGUUAUGUCAUGCUCCAAGUCCCCUUCAAGAGAUUUGGACUAUAAGAAGAAAAGCUCCAAAGCUUUGAAGGAGCAGUCCUCCAGUGGAUCUGAGACAGACAGAGGCAGGAGAGGAGAUCAGCAUGGUUCAGGCCAUGUCACAAAGCAAAAGGAAGUAGACCGUGAGGAGAAAGAAAGGAAUUCCAGGCAAUCACGGUCUAGAGAGAGGAAUAGGGCACACUCAAGCUCCGACAGUUCUCAACCCAAUUCCCCUGAUAGGACUCACAGAAACGGACGGCGGUCCAGGUCACGAUCAAAAGAUGAAAGGAGAAGAAGGCGAUCCAGGUCUGCUUCCAGCUCCAGCAGUAGAGACCAUUCAACAAGGAAGAAGCAUAAACGAAGGAGCAAGGAGAGAAGUGAUGACAAAGAGAGGGACCACGAAAGACGACGAGUUUCAAAAGACAAAAGACGUGGUCGGUCUCGGUCAAAGUCCCAGUCCAAUUCACGUUCCAGGUCCAGAACCCGAUCUAGAUCAAAGGACCGUAAGCACGGUCGGUCAAAAUCCCGGUCCAGAUCCAGGGAGAGGAGGAGAGAACACAGCAAACAUUUGUCUCUCUCUUCAAGAGACAAGGUGGAGUCACGAUCUAAAGAGAAGAGGAGAAACGGGUCUAGAUCCAGUUCAAGAGAGAAAAGGAAAGAAGAAAGAUCAUCCAAAAGCUCACACCAGACUUCUCUUUCAUCCUCCAAAGACGCAAAGAGGUUUCAAGACAAGAAAAAAGAGAAAGAUGUUUCUCAAAGCUACAGUAAAGAUGAAAAAGUUGAAGCCAAUCUGAAUAAAAAGGAGGGUCCAUCCUGUUCUUUCACCUCUAAAGUAAAAAAUGUGACCACAGAUAUUACUGCAGAUGUUAGUGAGUCCUCCAAGAAGUGUGCUGAUGGUCUUCUCAGUACUUCCUCUAAAUGUGAUGGUCUUCAUUCUGGGGAGUUAUCGGCCUCUGCACAAGGAGAGGCAGAAGAAGGAGAUUUAUCAAGGAAAGACAAGUAUUUGAAAAAACUGCACAUGCAGGAGAGAGCGAUAGAAGAAGUUAAGCUAGCUAUCAAACCUUUCUACCAAAGGAGAGAUAUCAACAAGGAUGAAUACAAGGAGAUUCUUCGCAAAGCUGUCCAGAAGGUGUGCCACAGCAAGAGUGGAGAAAUCAACCCAGUGAAAGUUGGAAAUCUGGUUAAGGCAUAUGUGGACAAAUAUAAACAUGCUAGGAAACAUAAAAAGGGUGACGAUUUAGGAAAAGCCCCAGACACCCAGGCUGAAGCAGCGAAAACCUCUGACAGUCCAUGAUGAGGCAAGAACUAUAGGCAGGGACAAGUACACCCACACCCACAAUAUUCACUUCAUAUAUUAUGCUAUAUUAUUCUAUGUCCUAGAAUUGGACGUGAUCACACUCUAAACAUACCAAGUGCAAAAGGUCAGCCAACCUUUGCUCACAGUUUCAAGAUGGAACAUUUUCUAUAAUGUUGAGAUUCUUAAUGGUAUUUUGAACACAACCUUUAUUCA